AUGGCGCAAUUAACUCUUCACUCGAUCACGUUUCUUUCUCUUCCUUUUCACUUCCCACGCAAACCCAUUUCUCUCUCUCCAAAACCCAAUUUCACUACUCCUAUUCCAAACCCUCUUCUUCUUCGCAACAGGGUUCCCAAAACCAUGCAUUCUUCGCGUCUUUCUACUUUUCAAGAUGCUUUUGGAGGAGCUGUGGCGAUUGUUCAAUCGUCACCUGCCACGUGGGAAUCCUCUUUGCUCAGUAACCUCUUGAUUUUUCUGUUGGGUUCUCCAAUUUUGGUUACUGGUUUGUCGUUUUCAGGGAUUCUUGCUGCUUUUUUGCUUGGGACUCUCACUUGGCGUGCUUUUGGGUCUCAUGGGUUUCUUCUUGUUGCCGCCUUUUUCAUCAUUGGUACAGCCGCAACAAAAGUCAAAAUGACACAGAAAAUGGAAGAAGGAGUUGCUGAGAAAAAGAGAGGAAGAAGGGGUCCCGAGAGUGUUAUUGGAUCCAGUGCUGCCGGUUGCAUUUGUUCUCUCAUGGCGAUAUCUGGAGUUGGAGGUGCAGCAUUUUCUCAGCUUUGGAGACUUGGGUUUGUUGCUAGUUUCUGUACAAAGUUGAGCGACACAAUCUCAAGUGAGAUAGGCAAGGCAUAUGGAAAAACAACGUACCUAGUUACGACAUUCAAGAUAGUUCCAAGAGGUACGGAAGGGGCCGUUAGUGUUGAAGGAACCUUGGCUGGAAUUUUAGCAGCUCUAGUUCUUGCCCUUCUCAGUUUUCUCCUGGGCGAGAUUGGUUUACAUGAAGUAGUUAUAUGUUUAUUAGCUUCCCAGUUUGCUAAUCUUGGUGAAAGCCUAAUUGGUGCUUUACUUCAAGAUAAGAAAGGAUUUGAAUGGCUCAAUAAUGAUUUAGUCAAUGUGAUCAACAUAUCAAUAGGAAGUAUCACAGCAGUGUUAAUGCAGCAAGCACUUCAAAAUUGGACCCCCUAA